AUGCAUCGGCUGAUAAAAGAAGAAUCCAGCUACAGAACGAGCAGCCUUGAAAAUGCAACUCGAGAGCAGAGCAAAGAAAAGUUGCACAUGAAACUCUGCAGUGGGUCCUGCCAUGCUGAGCAAAUCCUCCAGACUCUGAACUCCUACCGGCAGAGCGGCAUCUUCACGGACGUGGUGCUCUUGAUUGAUGGGCAGGAGUUCCCCUGCCAUCGGGCCACCUUGUCAGCCAACAGCACUUACUUCCGGGCCAUGUUCGGUGGUAGCCUCAAGGAAGGCCAUCAAGACAUCAUCAACAUCCAGAAGAUCUCUGCCUCCACCAUGAGCCUCCUCCUGGACUAUAUGUAUGGGGGAAACAUAGUCAUUCAGGAAGACAAUGUUGAAGACAUCUUAGAGCUAUCCAACUUACUUCAGAUCUCCAAGCUCACAGAUGCGUGUGUUACCUUCCUUGAAGGCCAGCUUCACCCAUGCAACUGCUUGGGCAUCCUGAAGUUCGCCGACUCAUUCUCCAUCACCUCCCUGGCUGAGAAGAGCAAGAGGUUUAUGCUAGAAGGCUUCGUGGAGGUGUCAUGUCAUGAGGAGUUCCUGGAGCUGAGCGUGAAGGAGCUGGUCAAGUAUCUGUCAGAUGAGCAGCUGGUAGUCCCCAAGGAGGAAGUGGUCUUCGAAGCGGUGAUGCGGUGGGUACGGCAUGAUGUUGCCACCAGGAAAGGAGCUUUGAAAGAUCUCCUUGAGCACGUGCGCCUCCCUCUGCUGGAUCCCAUGUACUUCCUGGAAAAGGUUGAAAUGGACGAGCUCAUCCAGGACUCCAAGGAGUGCAUCCCUUUACUGCACGAAGCACGGAAGUACUAUAUCCUUGGGAAUGAAGUCAGCUCUCUGCGGUCAAGGCCUAGGAGGUUCAUGGAAUUAGCAGAGGUCAUAGUAGUUAUAGGCGGCUGUGAUAAGAAAGGCCUCUUGAAGCUCCCCUUCACUGAUAUGUACCACCCGAAGAGCAGGCAGUGGACAGCUCUCUCUAGCGUGCCAGGGUACACCAAAUCGGAGUUUGCAGCCUGCACCCUAAAGAAUGACGUGUAUAUAUCAGGAGGGCACAUCAACAGCAGCGACGUUUGGGUGCUGAGCUCCCAGCUGAACGUCUGGAUCAAAGUUGCCUGUCUGCACAAGGGCAGAUGGAGACACAAAAUGGCGACUCUUCAGGGCAAGAUCUACGCAGUGGGGGGGUUUGACGGCUUUUACCGCCUGGCCAGCGUGGAAUGCUACGAUACGUUCUCCAACAGCUGGUCGGCUGUCGCCCCUUUGCUGGAAGCGGUGAGCUCGGCGGCUGUGGUCCCCUGUCUGAACAAGCUCUACGUGAUUGGGGGCGCUGUGGAUGACAGCGCAAACACAGACAAGCUCCAGUGCUAUAAUCCCGAGGAGAACAAAUGGACAUUCCUGUCUCCCACCCCCUUCUAUCAGAGGUGCAUUAAUGCUGUCUCCUUGGACAACAUGAUCUACGUUGUGGGUGGACUCCUGAGUAAAAUCUUCUGCUACGAUCCCAGAACAGACACCUGGAGAGAAGUGGCCACUCUCCCAGGACCUCUGGAGAGCUGUGGGGUGACGGUGUGCGGUGGGAAGAUCUACAUCCUGGGCGGCCGGGAUGAGAAUGGGGAAGGCACGGACAAAGCUUUCACCUUUGACCCAGCGACGGGGAACGUGGCGCAGCAGCCCCCGCUGCAACGCUGUACCAGUUACCACGGCUGCGUUACCGUUCUCCAGCGCGUGAGCAGAUGA